UGGUCUGGCGGGCUGAGUGUUGUCAUCUGCAGAGCGACGGCCGGAGGAGGCGGCGGCGUAGGCCCGGCGGGGCGUUUGGUUUCGGUUUGGUCCUGACUGGAAUUGGUGUUGACGGUCGAAAUGGGAGUCCCCAAGUUUUACCGAUGGAUCUCAGAGCGGUAUCCCUGCCUCAGCGAAGUGGUGAAAGAGCAUCAGAUUCCUGAAUUUGACAACUUGUACCUAGAUAUGAAUGGAAUUAUACAUCAGUGUUCCCAUCCUAAUGAUGAUGAUGUUCACUUCAGAAUUUCAGAUGAUAAAAUCUUUACUGAUAUUUUUCACUACUUGGAGGUGUUGUUUCGCAUUAUUAAACCUAGGAAAGUGUUCUUUAUGGCUGUUGAUGGUGUGGCUCCUCGAGCAAAAAUGAACCAGCAGCGUGGGAGGCGUUUUAGGUCAGCAAAGGAGGCAGAAGACAAAAUUAAAAAGGCAAUAGAGAAGGGAGAAACUCUUCCUACAGAGGCCAGAUUUGAUUCCAACUGUAUUACACCAGGGACUGAAUUCAUGGCCAGGUUACAUGAACAUCUGAAGUAUUUUGUAAAUAUGAAAAUUUCCACAGACAAGUCAUGGCAAGGAGUUACCAUCUACUUCUCAGGUCAUGAGACUCCUGGAGAAGGAGAGCAUAAAAUCAUGGAAUUUAUCAGAUCUGAGAAAGCAAAGCCAGAUCAUGAUCCAAACACCAGACACUGUCUUUAUGGUUUAGAUGCUGAUUUGAUUAUGCUUGGAUUAACAACUCAUGAGGCACAUUUUUCUCUCUUAAGAGAAGAAGUUCGAUUUGGUGGCAAAAAAGCACAAAGGGUAUGUGCACCAGAAGAAACGACAUUUCACCUCCUACACUUGUCUUUAAUGAGAGAGUAUAUUGACUAUGAGUUUUCAGUACUAAAAGAAAGGAUCACAUUUAAAUAUGAUAUUGAAAGGAUAAUAGAUGAUUGGAUUUUGAUGGGAUUUCUUGUCGGCAACGAUUUCAUCCCUCAUCUACCUCAUUUACAUAUUAAUCAUGAUGCACUGCCUCUUCUUUAUGGAACAUAUAUUACCAUCCUACCAGAACUUGGGGGUUAUAUUAAUGAAAGUGGGCAUCUCAACUUACCUCGAUUUGAGAAAUACCUUGUGAAACUAUCAGAUUUUGAUCGGGAACACUUCAGUGAAGUUUUUGUGGACCUAAAGUGGUUUGAAAGCAAAGUUGGUAACAAGUACCUCAAUGAAGCAGCAGGUGUCGCAGCAGAAGAAGCCAAGAACUGCAAGGAAAAGAAAAAAUCAAAGGGCCAAGAAAAUUCUAUAUGUUGGGCUGCUUUAGACAAAAAUGAAGGUGAAGUGGUGACUUCUAAGGAUAAUUUAGAAGAUGAGACUGAAGAUGAUGACCUAUUUGAAACUGAAUUUAGGCAAUAUAAAAGGACAUAUUACAUGACGAAGAUGGGGGUUGACGUAGUGUCUGAUGACUUUCUCGCUGAUCAAGCUGCAUGUUAUGUUCAGGCAAUACAGUGGAUUUUGCACUAUUACUAUCAUGGAGUUCAGUCCUGGAGCUGGUAUUAUCCUUAUCAUUAUGCACCAUUCCUGUCCGAUAUCCACAACAUCAGUACACUCAAAAUACAUUUUGAACUAGGAAAACCUUUUAAGCCCUUCGAACAGCUUCUUGCUGUACUUCCAGCAGCCAGCAAAAACUUACUUCCUAUAUGCUACCAGCAUUUGAUGACCAGUGAAGACUCUCCAAUUAUAGAAUAUUAUCCACCUGAUUUUAAAACUGACCUAAAUGGGAAACAACAGGAAUGGGAAGCUGUAGUAUUAAUACCUUUUAUUGAUGAGAAACGACUGUUGGAAGCCAUGGAGUCAUGUAACCACUCCCUCAAAAAGGAAGAGAGGAAAAGAAACCAACAUAGUGAGUGCCUAAUGUGCUGGUAUGACAGAGACACAGAGUUCACCUAUCCUUCUCCAUGGUCAGAAAAGUUCCCUGCCAUAGAACGAUGUUGUACAAGGUACAAAAUAAUAUCAUUAGAUGCUUGGCGUGUAGACAUAAACAAGAACAAAAUAACCAAAGUUGACCAGAAGGCAUUAUAUUUCUGUGGAUUUCCUACUCUGAAACACAUCAAACACAAAUUUUUUUUGAAGAAAAGUGGCGUUCAAGUAUUCCAGCAAAGCAGUCGUGGAGAAAACAUGAUGUUGGAAAUCUUAAUGAAUACAGAAUCAGAUGAACUUAGUAUAGAAAAUGUAGCUUCAUCAGUGCUUGGAAAAUCUAUCUUUGUUAAUUGGCCUCACCUUGAAGAAGCUAGAGUUGUGGCUGUAUCAGAUGGAGAAACAAAGUUUUACUUGGAAGAACCUCCAGGAACACAGAAGCUUUAUUGGGGAAAAACUGCUCCACCAUCUAAAGUGGUUCAUCUUGGAGAUAAAGAACAAUCUAACUGGACAAAAGAAGUACAAGGAAUUUCGGAACACUACCUGAGAAGAAAAGGAAUAAUAAUAAAUGAAACAUCUGCAGUUGUAUAUGCUCAGUUACUCACAGGUCGUAAAUAUCAAAUAAAUCAAAAUGGUGAAGUUCGUCUAGAGAAACAGUGGUCAAAACAAGUUGUUCCUUUUGUUUAUCAAACUAUUGUCAAGGACAUCCGAGCUUUUGACUCCCGUUUCUCCAAUAUCAAAACAUUGGAUGAUUUGUUUCCUCCUAGAAGUAUGGUCUUUAUGCUGGGAACCCCCUAUUAUGGCUGCACUGGAGAAGUUCAGGAUUCAGGGGACGUGAUUACAGAAGGUAGGAUUCGUGUAGUUUUCAGCAUUCCAUGUGAACCCAAUCUCGAUGCUUUAAUACAGAACCAGCAUAAAUAUUCUAUAAAGUACAACCCAGGAUAUGUGUUGGCCAGUCGCCUUGGAGUGAGUGGAUACCUUGUUUCAAGGUUUACAGGAAGUAUUUUUAUUGGAAGAGGAUCUAGGAGAAACCCUCAUGGAGACCAUAAAGCAAAUGUGGGUUUAAAUCUCAAAUUCAACAAAAAAAAUGAGGAGGUACCUGGAUAUACUAAGAAAGUGGGAAGUGAAUGGAUGUAUUCAUCUGCAGCAGAACAACUUCUUGCAGAGUACCUAGAGAGAGCCCCGGAACUAUUCAGUUAUAUAGCCAAAAAUAGCCAAGAGGAUGUUUUCUAUGAAGAUGACAUCUGGCCUGGAGAAAAUGAGAAUGGUGCUGAGAAAGUGCAAGAAAUUAUUACUUGGCUAAAAGGACAUCCUGUCAGUACUUUGUCUCGUUCUUCUUGUGAUUUACAAAUUCUGGAUGCAGCUAUUGUUGAGAAAAUUGAAGAAGAAGUGGAAAAGUGCAAGCAAAGAAGGAAUAAUAAGAAGGUACGAGUGACUGUGAAGCCCCAUUUGCUAUACAGACCUUUAGAACAGCAACAUGGAGUCAUUCCUGACCGGGAUGCAGAAUUUCGUCUCUUUGAUCGUGUUGUAAACGUGAGAGAGAACUUCUCAGUUCCAGUUGGCCUUCGGGGCACCAUCAUAGGAAUUAAAGGGGCUAAUAGAGAAGCUGAUGUACUCUUUGAAGUAUUAUUUGAUGAAGAAUUUCCCGGAGGCUUAACAAUAAGAUGUUCACCGGGAAGAGGUUAUCGACUGCCAACAAGUGCCUUGGUGAACCUUUCUCACGGGAGUCGCUCUGAAACUGGAAAUCAGAAGUUGACAGCCAUUGUGAAACCACAACCAGCUGUGAAUCACUAUAGCUCAAAUUCACCAGUUUCAUCUGGACAUUUAGGAUACCUAAACCAUUCCCCCCAAUCACUUUUUGUUCCUACUCAAGUACCUACUAAAGAUGACGAUGAAUUUUGCAACAUUUGGCAGUCCUUACAGGGUUCCAGUAAGGUUCAACACUUUCAGCCAACUGUACCAGAGAAGGGUACAGUUCUACCUCAAGAAAUAAGACAAGUAAAUCAACAUCAUAAAUCUGGCUUUAAUGACAACAGCAUUAAAUAUCAGCAAAGAAAACAUGACCCUCACAGAAAAUUUAAAGAAGAAUGUAAGAGUCCUAAAGCUGAAUGUCAGUCACAAAAAAUGUCCAAUAAGCAGACUAACUCUGGAAUUGAGAACUUUUUAGCAUCCUUGAAUAUCUCCAAAGAAAAUGAAGUACAGUCAUCUCAUGGAGAGCCUCCAAGUGAAGAGCAUUUAUCACCACAGUCGUUUGCUAUGAAGGGAACGCGGAUGCUUAAAGAAAUUCUAAAAAUUGAUGGCUGUGACACAGUGGACCACAAAAAGGAAAUGAAACAAUUGGGUAAUGAAGUCACUGUUUCUUCUAAUAGAAGAGAUGAAUAUGGAUCAUCCUCACAGCCUAAACAAAAUAAGAAAUUAGCAUCUUAUGUGAACCACCCUCACAGUGCUAAUGAGUACCAUAAUGUUCAGUCUAUGGACAGUGUGUGUUGGCCUGCUCCCAGCCAGAUCCCUCCUUUGUCCACACCGGUAACUGAACUUUCUCGAAUUUGUUCCCUUGCUGGAAUGCCACAACCAGAUUUCUCCUUUCUUAGGACACCACAGACAAUGACUGUUUGCCAGGUAAAGUUAUCUAAUGGCUUACUGGUACAUGGGCCACAGUGCCACUCUGAAAAUGAAGCCAAGGAGAAAGCUGCACUUUUUGCUUUACAACAAUUGGGCUCCUUAGGAGUGAAUUUCCCUUUGCCUUCACCAAUGUUUCCAAAUUAUCCUUCUGCCAUACCACCCAGAAGCAUUCCUCCAGUUUUUCCUCAACCCACUGCUAAUAUAAUGCCUUCAUCACCUCAUCUCUUUGGCUCAAUGCCAUGGGGACCACCAGUGCCAGUUCCUGGGAAGCCCUUCCAUCAUACUUUAUAUUCUGGGACCAUGCCCAUGGCUGGAGGAAUGCCAGGUGGUAUGCACAAUCAGUUCAUACCUCUGCAGGUUACUAAAAAAAGGGUUGCAAACAAAAAGAACUUUGAGAAUAAGGAGGCCCAGAGUUCUUCUCAAGCCACCCCACUUCAGACUAGCCAGCCAGAUUCUUCUGAUACCACCAAAGUAAUUCCACAGGACAAUUCAUCAGCUUCCUUAAAGUCCUCUCAAAUUGCCCAACCUGCAUCUUCUUUUCAAGUUGAAACUACUUCUCAAGGCCAUAGUAGGGCGCACCAUAAGUCAACACCAAGCUCUUCUUCAAGAAGAAAAUCAAGAAAACUGGCUGUCAAUUUUGGCAUUUCUAAACCUUCUGAAUAAGUUUAGUAUUUGGAGUUAAAUUAAUUCUUUUCUUUCCAUCUACCUUUUUAUAAAUCCAUACCUGUGUCUUAUAAAAAAUUAGAAUGUACUAUUUUAAAAUAAUAUGUCUAAAUUGAAAUUUUUCCUUUUUAAGUUGCCAGGCACUUUUCAUGCUGUUUAGAAGACUGUAUCAAAUUGUGCACUUUAAAUAUGUGCAGUUUGUUAUGCGUCAAUUAUACCUCAAUAAAUCUGUUUAAAAAGAGACUAAAUUAAACCUUGUGUUAAAAUAAUAUCAGUGGACUAAACAUUAAAAUGUACCACUC